UUUCUUUUUUAGCUUUUCUUUUUUUUUUUUUUUUUUACUUUAGUACUUCACCAUAAACUAAUUACAGUUUGCUUCCAAGGGCACCAUUUUAGUUAACCUAAGGUUUUUAUAUAUGCUGUAUAAUUUUAUUUUAUUUAAAAAGACUUCGUUAGCAAUGACACUUUACCACUUUUAUUUUACUGUAAAGUAUAAAAGAUAACAUUUAUCAUCUUCAUUGAAUUUUUUCAUCUAAUAUUUAUACUUGACUUCGUUUCAUGAAUUCAUUUGACAUUAAUAUUUUUAGUAAACUCUAAAAACACAGUUUGACAGAUCUUUUCCGGUACACAAGAUCACUGGGGUCUUUAUCUCAGGAGAGACAUCUAAAGAUCUAAAUGUCAUCUGUCUGCAGAUUUAGUACUGUAUUAAAGAGAUCUCUUUUUCUUUUCUGUUUGUUAAUGUUGAGAUCACAAUACUCUUUCAGAGAACAAUCGACCAUGCUGUCGUCCUUGGACAAACUCGUGGCCUGGAUACUGACUGGCUUCUUGGCCAUUCUCACUAUCUUCUUCAACAUGUACCUGCUUCUGAUCAACCAGAGGAACUACCGGAAGAGCACAAAGCCCCGACUGAGCCCGGCCGACUUCAUCAUCACGGCCAUCUCCCUGGCCAGCAUCUCCCUGCAGGUUCUCACGUACUUCUGGCAGACCUUGGAUGUGAUCGACACUGUGUGCCGCAUUAGCUUAGCGGGAGCCAUCCUGCUGGUGCUCAUCUUCAGCCUCAAGUUCAUCAUCUUCUGGAGCACGGCGUUCCUGACCUUCUACUACGGUAAUAAGUUGGUGGUUGAGCCCGUCCACUGCUUCACACGCAUCCAGGAGGCCAUCAUCAAAAACGUCCACAUGGUCCUGGCGGUGAUCGUCGUGAGCGGCUUUGCCAAUUGUGUGCCGUUGCUGAGCGUGUUGACCUACAACACCACCACCACCACCACCACCAGCGGACUGAGCGAUUGUGGGUCCAUCAUGCCCACCGACACGACCGGACUCGCCUACAUCUUCUACUACGUGAUCAUCUCUGACAUCGUUCCAGGAAUCAUAAUGGUCAAAUGCAGCAUUUCCAUCUCGUACUACCUGGCCAAACAUCUUCUGGACAUGAAGGCCAGUAGCAACAGCGCCCAUGGGCCCAAGCUCGGCACGCAGAUCCGGGUCAUCAAGAUGACUCUCAGUUUAGUGGUCGUGUAUGUGGUCUUUCUGAUCGUGGACAUCGUCACGCAGAUAACGGUGGUGCUGAUGAGGCAGAACACACUGGCCCUGACCGUUCUCUUCGCUAGCAUCUACACCACAGUCAGCGCGUUCGUGCUGGUCUAUGGGAAGAAAAGCUACUGGAAGGAACUGAUUGCAACGUAUAACCUCUUUUUAGACGAGUACCCCUGUUUGAGCAGCAUGAAGGUGGAAGAGGUCAAAACAGAACCGCAUGAGAACAGCAAUGGGCACUAAGCUUGAUGGAAAUGAUAUAGUUGUGUAGCUUCUUGCUAUUUUUCCUGAAAAAGAUCCUUUGAGAAGUCUUCGAAAUCUUCACUGCGUACAGAGAAGCAGAUCGUAAAAUGAUCUGCACAAAACAAAAAAUAGAUUUUAAUUAUUUUAUUAAACAAAUAAAAUAAAAAAAUCAUUUUACAACUCCCCUAGAGUUAAACAGUUGAGUUGUACCGUUUUCGAAUCGAUAACUAUUGAAGAGUCAAGUUUUAAAUAGGAAAAAUAUUGAA